ACCACGGUUGUUCCGACAACAACUACAGCUGCUACAACAACAACUACAGCUGCUGAAACAACAACCACUGCUGCAACAAUAACAACUACAGUUGCUCCAACAACAACUACAGCUGGUCCAACUACAACUACAGUUGCUCUGACUACAACCACGGUUGCUCCGACAACAACUACAGCUGCUACAACAACAACUACAGCUGGUCCAACUACAACUACAGUUGCUCCGACUACAACCACGGUUGCUCCGACAACAACUACAGCUGCUACAAAAACAACUACAGCUGCUGAAACAACAACCACUGCUGCAGCAAUAACAACUACAGUUGCUCCAACAACAACUACAUCUGGACCAACUACAACUAAAGUUGCUCCGACUACAACCACGGUUGCUCCAACAACGACUACAGCUGCCACAACAACUACAGCUGCUCCAACUACAACUACAGCUGCUACAACAACAACCACUGCUGCAUCAACAACAACUACAGUUGCUCCAACAACAACUACAUCUGGUCCAACUACAACUACAGAUGCUCCGACUACAUCCAAGGUUGCUCCGACAACAACUACAGUUGCUCCAACAACAACUACAGCUGGUCCAACUACAACUACAGUUGCUCCGACUACAACCACGGUUGCUCCGACAACAACUACAGCUGCUACAACAACAACUACAGCUGCUGAAACAACAACCACUGCUGCAACAUUAACAACUACAGUUGCUCCAACAACAACUACAUCUGGUCCAACUACAACUACAGAUGCUCCGACUACAUCCACGGCUGCUCCGACAACAACUACAGCUGCUACAACAACAACUACAGUUGCUCCAACUACAACUACAGUUGCUGAAACAACAACCACUGCUGCAACAAUAACAACUACAGUUGCUCCAACAACAACUACAGCUGGUCCAACUACAACUACAGUUUCUACGACUACAAUCACGGUUGCUCCGACAACAACUACGGCUGCUGCAACAACAACCACUGCUGCAACAACAACCACUGCUGAAACAAUAACAACUACAGUUGCUCCAACAACAACUACAGUUGCUCCCACUACAACCACGGUUGCUCCGACAACAACAACAGCUGCUACAACAACUACAGCUGCUGAAACAACAUCCACUGCUGCAACAAUAACAACUACAGUUGCUCCAACAACAACUACAUCUGCUGCUACAACAACAACUACAGUUGCUCCAACUACAACUACAGUUGCUGAAACAACAACCACUGCUGCAACAAUAACAACUACAGUUGCUCCAACAACAACUACAUCUGGUCCAACGACAACUACAGAUGCUCCGACUACAUCCACGGUUGCUCCGACAACAACUACAGCUGCUACAAAAACAACUACAGCUGCUCCAACUACAACUACAGUUGCUCCGACUACAACCACGGUUGCUCCGACAACAACUACAGCUGCUACAACAACA